ACGGGCUAGCGGGCGGGUUGCUGGGGCGCCUCCACCUCCUCUUCCUAAAGCGGCGAGGCGCAGAGGAGAGGCAUCACUCGAGCCCAGGUCCCAGCCGCUGCCACACACAGCGCCCCGCGUUCAGCAAGAGGAGCAACUGCGGAGGCGGCGGACACAGCGGCGGGCGCGCGCCAGGAAGGCCCCGAUCGAAAAGCCUGGGAGGGCCGCCUGGCUACCCCUGUAGGAGGAGCCAACUGAGCCAAGGCGCCACCGCCAGCCACCGAAGCAGUGCGGAGGGAGCAGCGGUCGCCUUCAUGGCCCACUCAUCGGUGGCGGUCCAAGUGCCCGGGAUGCAGAAUAAUAUAGCUGAUCCAGAAGAACUAUUCACAAAAUUGGAACGCAUUGGAAAAGGCUCAUUUGGAGAAGUUUUCAAAGGAAUUGAUAACCGUACCCAGCAAGUGGUUGCUAUUAAAAUCAUAGACCUUGAGGAAGCCGAAGAUGAAAUAGAAGACAUUCAGCAAGAAAUAACUGUUCUGAGUCAGUGUGACAGCUCCUAUGUAACAAAAUACUAUGGAUCAUAUUUAAAGGGUUCAAAAUUAUGGAUAAUAAUGGAAUACCUAGGUGGUGGUUCAGCACUGGAUCUUCUGCGAGCUGGUCCAUUUGAUGAGUUCCAGAUUGCUACCAUGCUAAAGGAAAUUUUGAAAGGUCUGGACUAUCUGCAUUCAGAAAAGAAAAUUCACCGCGACAUAAAAGCUGCUAAUGUCUUACUCUCAGAACAAGGGGAUGUCAAACUUGCUGACUUUGGAGUCGCUGGACAGCUGACAGAUACACAAAUUAAGAGAAACACCUUUGUGGGAACUCCAUUUUGGAUGGCUCCAGAAGUUAUUCAGCAGUCAGCUUAUGACUCAAAAGCGGACAUCUGGUCACUGGGAAUUACUGCCAUUGAACUAGCCAAGGGAGAGCCACCCAACUCUGAUAUGCACCCGAUGAGAGUUCUGUUCCUUAUUCCAAAAAACAAUCCUCCCACUCUUGUUGGAGAUUUUACUAAGUCUUUUAAGGAGUUUAUUGAUGCUUGCCUGAAUAAAGAUCCAUCAUUUCGUCCUACAGCUAAAGAACUUCUGAAACAUAAAUUCAUUGUAAAAAAUUCGAAGAAGACUUCUUAUCUGACAGAACUGAUAGACCGAUUUAAGAGAUGGAAAGCAGAAGGACACAGUGAUGAUGAAUCUGAUUCUGAGGGCUCUGAUUCGGAAUCCAGCAGCAGGGAAAAUAAUACUCACCCUGAAUGGAGUUUCACCACUGUGCGAAAGAAGCCCGAUCCAAAGAAACUACAGAAUGGGGCAGAGCAAGACCUUGUGCAAACCCUGAGCUGUUUGUCUAUGAUAAUCACUCCUGCAUUUGCUGAACUUAAACAGCAGGAUGAGCAUAAUACAAGCAGGAAUCAAGCGAUUGAAGAACUCGAGAAAAGUAUUGCUGUGGCUGAAGCUGCCUGCCCGGGCAUUACAGAUAAAAUGGUGAAAAAACUAAUUGAAAAAUUUCAAAAGUGUUCUGCAGAUCAAUCCCCCUAAGAAACUCGUCGGUGGCUUCUGUUUCAUAUGGACCCAGAAAACCCACGAAAGCUACUUCAAGUUUAACAAUGCUUUACUCAUGAGCUCUUUGUGCCUUUUGGAUCUUUGCAACAUUGAAGUUUUGGAAGAAGCUGUUUAACUAUUUUGUGAUGGUGUUUAUCAUUUUAUAUUUUAAAGAGAUUAUCUGGUAAUGAGUAACUUUUAAUACUAUACUUUCACCUGUAUUGUAGUAAAUGUUGAGAUGCAGUUUUGCUUUUAGGUAUCACUAUCUCUUAAGUUUUGAGUAGGAAUACCUUUCAUACUUUGAUCUUUAGUUAACUGUACACAUGAAACAUACAGGGCUUGCAAAAUCAUUCUAAAAUAUUUAACUCUGGUAAAUUAUCAAGGUUCAAAAAGCUUUUUCUACACAAGCAUAUUAACAAAGUGACUCUCUGGGAAGUUAGAAAUAAGUCAUACCUUCUUAAAGUAGAAGUUUUUAAAGAGGCUCUUGGAAGUGAAACCUUAGAAGGUACAAUGAUUCUUAACACCAAGUUGGUAUGAGGUCAGGCAGCUCAAUGAUGAUCACAUUUGAGAGCCCUGUUUGAAGCAUUUAUAGGCAACAUGUCGCAACAGAAGUACCUCUUGGUGUGCAAUAUUCAUCUUCUCUGUUAGAUGAAAGAGGCGAUUAACCCAUAUUUAAUAUGGUUAGAAAUUUGAAGAAAUAUCAGUAUUGGUAUUUGGUAACACUGGAGGAAGUAGUCUGGCUUCAUUCUUUAAAUCUUCAAUGCAAACGCAUAUUAUGUGCUUAGAGUUAGAGAGCUUAUAACAAAGCUAAUCGUCCUGUGAUUAAAUACCUGAUCAACAGGUGUGAAUAUAAAUUACACCAGCAUAUUUUUGUCAUGGCAGUAAAUUGUUCUAUAAACUAUUUAUAUGUUUUUGUUCUGCAUAAUUCUCAGCAUAUAAGCAUCAUGUGUUCAUUUCUGAAAGGGUAUUUAAAUGAGUAUUUUACACUUCCUAUGAAAAUGAUCAUAGUACAGAAUGAUUUCUCUCCAAAGGUAAGUUAGACUGUACAGUUAAUUUUCAUUUAUAUUUAUGGUACACUUAAGUGGGUAAUACCUUUUUCUUUUAAGCCAAAAAUAUCUAUUGUGCCCGCUUAUUUGCUGAAUGGUGGUUAUAUAUCAGUAGUUGUAGAACUGUUGGUAUUAAUUACUUUUGAUAGUUAAUGUUUUAUUGUUUGGAUCAGCACAUUUGGUUUUUGCACAAAUUGUUUUUUAGAAAUCUGAAUAUUUGCCAAAUAUUAGAAAAAAGGUGUUCUGCAAAUAAAGAGUACAGUGUGGUUGAAGUGGCCAUUAAAACUUUUUUCUCAUUCAGACAGUUGAGAAAGUUGUGUGUCACAUGCCAAGAAAAUUCUUUUCAUUGGUGCCUAUACUGUAACAAUUACUUUUAAUGCAUUGUAUUUGGAAGUAAUGGUUCAGUUAAAUAUUUUGCCUGCUCUGUGACUGAAACUUAAUUAUAGUUUAUAAUCUGUAGCGCUCUGAAAUAAUUUUGCAAUUCAUACCAUGGAUCAAAUCAAUAUUUUUGUAAAAGUAAAAGCAACACGUUUAUAGAUUGAUUGUUUGAAACCUCACAGCACAAUGGCUUCACAGAUACAAAUUGUAUGGCUUGUUCAUUAUAGUUAUUAGUCCUGUAAACUGUUUCUAAGUGAAGUAUACUCCAGUGUUUUAGGGGUCUUGAAAAAUAAACAUUUAAAUUUCACGAUC